GUAGCUUGCGGGGUGCCCCGAUACCGCCAAUUCGCAGCGAGCUGAAACAGCCUCAUCCAGCCGUCGUGCGAGGAGAUGCCCAAUAAACAGCACCGAUCCGUGGCUGAGCCGACGCCGAUCGCCCUGUCGACAAUGCUUAGCCUGCUCAAGCUUCGCAAUCAUCCAAGACGCCGGAAGUCUACGCCCCAAAGGCGACGUGUUGGACGCAGGCCCGCUGAGGACGCCUGUUCUAAGCCGAAUCCGAUGUGAGCAGCACAGCCGCUCGCAACAUCCUCAGCUGUCAGCCUCUUGCCAUCAUUCUGGAGAAUAACAUGAGAAGGAUGCUCGGCUUGCGUGCAACAUCCAUCCUGUCUAGGUCCUCAAUUUCACUCUAGCCUUGUCGUUCAGAACCUACAUGGCUGUCUUCUGAUUGAGGCCAUUUCCUACCUCGGACCACCGCCAUGUCGUACCGUGGACGGCCUAGCAAAGGCUGCGAGACCUGCAGAUCUCGGAAGGUCAAGUGCGACGAAGCCAAGCCAAUUUGCAAUCGCUGCGCCAAAUUAGGACACGAUUGCAGCUACCGCGACCAGGCGGCUCUUCUUUUCCGAAACGAGACAGCGAAUGCCGCGCAGAAAGCCGAGGAUUCGUGGAGGAAGCGAUCUAAAUCACACCAGAGAGCUCAGGGCGAGAGCGACACAAGUCGCGAGACACCAAGCGAUCACUCGUCACCUCCGAAUGCUCGAAAGCCUCCCUCUACCGAACAGAGUCUGAAAGACCCAGCGCCUGCUCUACAGGGUUCGGCGCUUGAUUUCAACUUUAAUGAGCUCUCCAUUAGCCCUACUAUUCAACCAGACUUGAGACGCCUUGCCUACGAGCGGUUCCUUUACGACUUCGUACAUUUCGAAACCCCCAGCAGAGCUCCCGAAGAGCCUUCAGAUGCUGUGUGGGACUUCAUUCCUCAUCUAUACCAAGGAGCUGCUGAAGGUUCAUGUCUAGCAACCGUUGUUGACGCCGUUUCUUACUCCAACUUUGCCGCCAGGUGCAACGCUCCGCAAGCUCAGAUCCUGGCCGAUGAAUACAUCGGAAAGGGUAUCAGGCUGCUCCAGAAAUCCAUCGCCAAUGAGAGGGAGGCACCCUUAGACGAAACGCUGUGCGCCGUCUACCUGAUGGGCGUGUACGAGAACCUAACUAUGCCUUCACACACUGGUUCCUAUAUUACGCACAUUUGGGGAGCGAAUGCUCUUCUAGAACUGCGCUCCAUCGACCAGGUCUACACAAAUCGCAUAUCAGCUGGCCUGUACGACGUAGCCUUUGGACAAAUGCUUAUCGGCAACCUGCAUGCAGGAAAGGCCCCGUCUAUUCCCAUUCGCAAUAUUAUAGCCGCUAAGCAGCCUUUGCCGCACAUGUACCACCCCUCCAGCGUCAAUCUCCUUCGGCUAAUACAUAGCGAGGCUCAUGUACACGCCGACUGGCUUCAAGUCAAACAGAACGCCAUUCUACCUGCUAGUCGUCAUGACUUACAGGAACUGGUACAAAACGCGCUAGAUUUGGAUGCGGAAUUCCAGGCGUGGGAAAGCGCACUUCCGCGAUUUUGGCUGUAUCAGGUCGAGCGAAACACGCCUGAUGCCCGGGCUACAUACGAGCCGAUCUGGCGAAAUCUAAUCCUAGGAAGCAGAGGUGCGCCCGCAGAGAUACACACAUAUAGUCAUCUUAAGAGAUGCUGGAUCUGGAUGUACUAUCGGACAAGUCGCGUCUUCCUUCUUCGGGAUCUUUUGGAGAUGCUGAAUUGGAUGCUUAACCUGCCUGAGCCAGAGCCGACAGCCGCACCCCGAAAUUUUGGUUGGCCCCCAGGUGAGCUGUCCGGGAUACCGAAGCAGCCGGCUUCGGCGCUUUUGGGCAAUGUUGGCUUGCGGAUUCACCAUACGUUUGCGACAAACCACCUCGUCAAUAUCAUUGAGAAGGCCUGCUCGGCUGUGAUCAGCCAUUUCACAGUUGCGAUAUACGGAAAAUCGACCCAAGACCCCGCAGGCAUGAGGGGCUACACACUAUUAUGGCCGCUUGGGAUCAUGGACGCGGUGCUCAAGACUGGCUUGGUGCCCGACUCUGGCCCACAGGACUUGCUGAGCGACGUGCCGAGUGUCUCGCGUUCUCAGUUCCACAGCCAGCCAGUGCCCUCUCCAGCAAUGUUCAGGAUGCCGGAGCAAAAUAUGUCUUCACUUUACCACAACGCGCCAGUCACUCUUCCCCAAAUGAACGACUUCCCCGCAUUGCCGCCGAUCCAAGUGGCCCCUCCCGAACCCAACAUACCUACCCCUCCACCAGCUAGAGCGGAACAGAGAAUUUUUGCCACCGAAGACUAUGCCUCCGUUCGAAAGAAGCACGUCUUCGAUAGCUCACCAUAUCAUCCAUUCGACGGCCCGGUCGACCAUCCCAACCCUGGAUACACUAUCGCGGAGCCGGCGAGCAUUGACGUAGCAGCGAGGAGGGAAUGGAUUAAUCGCCUUGAGUAUUACAUUGGUACAGAGUUGGGGAUUAGGAAGGCGAUUGGAGUGCCAGCUACAGAGGGAUAUCUUGAGACGGUUAAGGCGCAACUACAGGAAAUUUUGGGGCGAUAGACGGGAAGGAAGAGGAGCAUUCAAUACCUGAUCUAUUCUCUGUGAUGGGGAGUGCAGAAUUGUACGGUUGGAUAUGGAGUUGCCCGCGUCUGGCGCCAGUUGGCUUCGAUAUGAAAUGCCUUCUUGCAUGUAGAGGUCCGUCGAGUUCGAAUUUACCCAUGCGAAUGGUCUACCCUGCUGGACCCGGGCUGCUCCAAGCCUAGGGAAAACUCUCUAUCGAC